AUGCAACGGAAAUUACUGCCUCGGAAACGUGUUUUCUUGCGUGAUGAAAAGAUUAAGGCUUAUGAUAGCGCUUAUAAUAGAUCUAGCGAUAAUUUUAGUACUGGAAUAUCCUACGGAAACCUUGGCAGUGUUUUGUCUACACAAGGGAGAGUGGUGGAGGCCGAGGCGGCGUUCGUGAGAGCUUUAAAAUACAGACCAAACAUGGCCGAUGUACAUUAUAACUUGUGA